AUGGAUAGGACUGAUACGCCAGAUGCUGAGGAAACACCUCUUCUUUUUGAUAAGAGGAAACCCGUCCAGGAUAAAUUGACUAAAUAUGGGAUUAUUGCCAUCCUAUUGAUAUGGGGGACAGUACUCUUAUUUAGGGUCAUCCCUUCUUUACCAGGAAGGAAAUUUAAAUUGGCUCAUUCCAAGACCACUAAGAAUGGACUACAGAAGAUUUCCUUUGAGAAUGUAAGGAAGGACUUGUUUAAACCCAAGAUGCAGAGUUUGCAAUGGUUGAAUACUCCCGAGGCUAAGGAAAAUGACAAAGGUUUAUAUGUGGCUAACAUUGAUGAUCGAUACGUGAUUAAAUCAGUAUUUGAUAGAGGUUAUUCUGAGAGUUUGUUGAAUAGUAAGAAUUUCACUUUCCAGGGAGUGGAAUAUAAAGUAGAUUCCAUGGCAGCUGCACCGGAUUUGUCACAGUUGAUAAUCAGGACUAAUACAAAGCAAAAUUGGAGGCAUUCCACUUUUGGUUCAUAUUUUGUCUAUAAUAAGACAAGUGAAGAGUUUCAUCAUAUUGGUGAUGAUAUUGCUUUGGCUAAAUGGUCACCAAAUUCUGUGGAUAUGGUCUAUAUACAAGGUAAUAAUAUGUAUUUGUACUCCACUGAGUCUCAUACCACAGUGGAAACCAUCACAUCAGAUGGAGAUGCUCGAGUGUUUAAUGGGAAACCAGAUUGGGUUUACGAAGAAGAAGUUUUGGAGAGUGAUUGUGCCCUCUGGUGGUCACCCGAUGGUCAAUACAUUGCGUUUUUCAAGAUUGAUGAAUCUCAAGUAAAGGAAUUCACCAUCCCAUAUUAUGUGCAAGAUAAGGACGAUUUAUAUCCCGAAAUGAAGACAAUUAAAUACCCUAAGAGUGGGACGCCUAAUCCUGAUGUGGAUCUUUGGAUUUAUAGCAUUAAGGAGAAGGAUUCAUUUCCUGUGAAUGUGAACCAUCUUUCCAGAGAGAGUUCACCUGUCUUAAUCACUGAAGUUGUAUGGGUAGGUGAGGAGAACUUAAUAAUGAAGAUUAGUGAUCGUUCGUCUGAUAUAUUGAAAGUUGUUCUCGUCGAUACAUUGAAUAAAGAAUCUCAAUUGGUAAGAAAAAAUCCAUCUGAAGGUGGAUGGUGGGAAAUUACACACAAUACGUUAUACAUCCCUAAGAAUGACACAUUAGAUAGAUUCCAUAAUGGAUACGUUGAUCUUUUCCCCGUGGAUGGAUUCAAUCAUCUCGUCUAUUUCAGUUCUUUUAAUUCUUCCAAGCCAAUUAUAUUAACAAGAGGUGAAUGGGAAGUGGUAGGUGGACCUCUAGCCUUUGACCAUGAAUUAAACCGUAUUUAUUUUAUUGCCACUAGGAAGUCAUCAAUUGAAAGACAUGUCUACUAUGUGGAAUUGCAUAAACCAGAAGAAAUACACCCAGUUACAGACACUCUAUCCAGAGGCGUCUAUGGAAUCUCCUUCUCUGCCGGUGCUCGUUUUGCGCUAUUAUCGUACAGGGGCCCCAAGGUACCAUAUCAAAAAAUUAUUGAUUUCAAAUCGAAGGAAAACCUUGAUUUUGGUGAACUCGACGGUAAUAUUCUUGGUAAGACCUUAUAUUACCUUGAAAAAAACGAAAAAUUGAGAGAAAUUCUGAAGGAGUAUGACGUUCCAAAAAAAGAAUUCAAAGAAUUGAACUUAGGUAAAGAUGACGAUGGUGAGGAUAUCCUAGUCAAUGCCUUUGAAAUUCUCCCUAAUGAUUUCAAUCCAAAAUUGAAGGAUUACUAUCCAGUAUUUUUCUAUGCCUAUGGUGGACCCAAUUCUCAACAAGUUCUUCAAGGAUUUUCCAUUGGAUUUAACGAAGUGGUUGCAUCUCAAUUGAACGCCAUUGUUGUGGUGGUAGAUGGUCGUGGUACAGGAUUUAAAGGGAAACGAUUCCGUUCCUUGGUGAGGGAUAAUCUUGGUGAAUACGAAGCCAUUGAUCAAAUAUCUGCAGCCAAGCUUUAUAGUGCGAAAAAGUACGUCAAUGCUAAUAAAAUUUCAUUAUUUGGAUGGUCAUAUGGUGGUUAUCUAACAUUAAAGGUGCUGGAAAGAGACGCUGGAGAAUAUUUCAAAUAUGGGAUGGCUGUGGCACCAGUUACAGAUUGGAGUCUUUAUGAUACUGUUUACACGGAAAGGUACAUGCAUACCCCACAGGAGAAUAUUGAUGGAUAUGUUAAAUCCAGUGUUCACAACGCCACGUCAUUUGGUAAAGUUAAUAGGUUUUUGGUUAUGCAUGGUACAGGGGAUGAUAAUGUUCAUUUCCAGAAUACGUUGAAAUUCUUGGAUCUCUUGAACUUGAAUAAUGUAGAAAACUACGAUAUGCACGUUUUCCCUGACUCAGACCAUGCUAUUAAAUACCAUAAUGCUAACAACAUGGUGUACGAUAGAUUGUUGAAUUGGGCUGGUAAGGCUUUCACCGAUCAAUUCUAA